AUGGCGAUGGCUCUUCAUCAUUCCCUUUUACUUAUCGUCUUGUUCGCAUUUGUGUCCGUGUGUUCAUCGGAGAGACCAUUGCCUCCCUUCCACCACAAUGGAAAGCCUUUACCAGGAACUCACCCUCCUACACUUCCCCCGCCACCUCAGAAACCACAACCACACCAUCAUUCUCCCUUUGUUCCAAAGCCCCCACCCCUUCACAAGCCCCCAUUUGAGAAGAAGCCUCCGAUGAAAGGUGCUCAGCCUCCUCCACUUCCAAAGCCACAACCACACCCCGCAUCUCCAUUUAUUCCAAAACCACCUCCACUUCACAAGGCUCCAUUUGCAAAGAAACCUCCCAUGAAAGAUGGUCACUUCUCUUCUCCCCCUAAUGCUCAUCAAUCUCCUCCCCUUCCCAAAGUGAAAUUACCCCUCAUUCCCAAGCCUCCACCAGUGCAUGGUAAGGUGCUUCCUCGUACCAUCAACGAACACCCCACUUCUUUCUCCCAUGAAAAACCUCAUCCUCCAUUUGACAAGCCAGGUUCCCCCAUCUUCAAUCCCCAUGGCCAACCCCAUCCUCCCUUGAAGAAAUCUCCUCCCAAGCCACUAGUAAAGCCCCCACCAAAGCAUGGACAUUAA